CGUCGAGGGCGGGGAGUGAGGCAGGGUUUGGGCGUUAGUUGGUUCUGUGGUUUGGCGCCUUUGUAAGGUUCCGACUGUUUAUCCGUGAGGCGGACGAGGGAAUUUAUUUAACAUGUUUAAGGAUUGCCUGAGGUCUUCCAUCGACCGCCGGCGAGGCCUUUCCUCUCAGAAGUAGUCGACCGCCGCUGUUAGCGGCCGCUCGCCGGCUGCCAUGAGGUACAACGUGAGGGAGCUGGUGUGUCUGUCCAAGCAGCCGGCCGAGAAGGCGGCCGAGCUCACCAUGAGGGGCCCGAAGCGUAACGACGCUGCAAAAUGUCGGCUAGUGAAACUAGUUGUCAACUUCCUUUUCUACUUCAGAAUUGAUGAAGAGGAGCCUGUUGGUGCCUUAUUACUUGAGCAGUGCAGAAUCCAGAAGGAAGAUGACACUGGCUUCUCAUUAGCAUUUGUGGAUGAGCCAGAAAGAAAAUAUUCAUUUACAUGUGAAACUAAAGAUGAAUGUGAAGAGUGGAUUGAAGCUCUUACAAAAGCUAGCUACGAGUACAUGCGGCAAAGUUUAAUAUUUUACCGAAAUGAAAUUAAAAAAAUAACUGGAAAAGAUCCACUGGAGCAGUACGGAAUUUCAGAAGAAACAAGAUUUCAAACCAGAUCGUAGAGACUGUAUUUAAAGAGUACAGUGAUUUGUGGUGAUUCUGUUGGACCUGCUGCAUUUUCUGACUGUUGGGUUUUUAUUUCAGCUUUCCAACAUUUCUAGAUUUUUUUUUAGUAAAAGUGAACUCGUGUGCAUGUGGUGUAAUGUGGGGAGGUGGUGGAGAAAAGGGUUGGUGUAGGAGUGAUUGUAAUACAGUCAUUGACUGUAAAUGGGUUGAAUUAGGUGUAUUUAUAUUUUGUACCAAUUUAAUUUUUUUUUGAUGCCUGUAUGUAGAUACUUGGGGAUUUCCUGGACAUAGCAUGCAGUAUCCAGUAGACUGUAACUGUGAACUUCAAGCAUUUGUUGGUUGGAAUAAAGCAUAAAUGAUGA